ACAUAUCACAUGAGUUUAUCAUGAUUGGUGGGACUGUGCUCCUCACUGUUGUCACAUGAAUUAUUCAUGAAGUAGUAAGUGGGAAGGGCCUCAAUCAUGCAAAUGAGCUUCACUCUCAUUGGCUGCCUGCCCAGCCUUGCCGACUGUGUUGUAAACAUUCCUGCAGAGGGGUGACUCACAGAACGUGACCAUGUGCAGCCGAGCGAGACAGCAUGUAUGAUAUGGAGACUGGAUGAGGGGAAUACAAAAACACAACCACCUCAGCUUCCCUGCUUCAGAAUGGAUCAGUCUGUUUACCUAGGCAGUGCCCUUGAUGACUGUGUUUUGACUGCACACACCAUUGUAGUAAUCAGGCAGAUAGAAAAGAUAGAGAAAAAAAAAUCUGGUUGAGUGAAUCAUAGUAGUAUAGUAGUAACCUGUCAUUAUCAGCUCUGCAGCAUUUAACAAGCUGCCUCCCUACAGUCUGUGGAUAUUACUAUUGACCUGUACUCAGCUGGUUCCAUUCAUUCAUUGUGCCAGGAUUUACAAACUGAAGGCUCUGAACUGUAUGAACCAAAGUAUAAGCAGUGUGAACAAUUUUUCUCAUGCUAGAGCUACAUUUGUAAACUGAAGCUAGAUAUAAAAAUUUGUAUCGAAAACUCAUUCACAUCAAGUACCGGUAUCUGUUUGACUUUGAUGCCGCCUUGUGAGAGAGUCUGUUGGCAUGUUCUGGGAGAUAAAUAUCCUGGUGUCGACUUUCAAGGAGCUAAACAUUUUUCGUAAAACUAAGGACAGAGACAAGAGUUGUUUCCUGUGCAAGGAACUAAAAUAUUCACUUGAGAUCUGUUGCUGUAUUAUGAGUGAACUUGAAAUCCAUGUGAGCACCCCACUGCGUGGUAUCAACAGCGUGGAGGUGUCUGUGUGUAGUAUAGGUAGCAGUGGUGAUAGGUCGUCCAGGAAACUGAUCGUUGAUGUAUGUAACGGCCCUGGGGCGCCUUCUGCCCGCUUCAUUCAGCCGGGUAACAUGCAGAUGGACCAAGCGAGUAUGAAAAUGAAACUUGCAUCGGAAGACGAGAGUGGUGUUGAUGAGGUAAUUGAUGAGGAGCUGGAUGUUUUCUCAGAGAACAUGACAUCGGACAUAUCUGCCUCCAGACCAGAGACUCCAGUAACAAUGGGAACCUCUCCGCCCAUCCCUAUUCCACUCCUCAGUCCAAUAGGAACAGGAAGCUUUAUAGGGACACCAACCCGUAGUAGUUCCUUCGGGUAUUUAUUCCGCUUUUCCUCACCUCCGGAAGAAACUUCCCCGCUCUCAUCAGGAUAUGGGUCAGCACCGCGUUUCUUCCAAAGUACCUCAACCCAGACUCCGCCCCUCUCACCAGUCUUGCUGGAGACAUCAAUCAGCUUACGAUUGUUUGAUUCAAGUGAUCAGGACUUGACGCCAUCACCUCAGGAACUAAUGAGGAUCAGAAGACAAGAAUCUAGAAGAACACGGUUCUUCUCUGAGGGAAGUGUUGAGCCAGAGUCAGUACCUCCUAAUGAGCCAGUAGGUGACAAUUCUUUUGCCGAACCCCUACCAGAUCUCGUAACUAUCCGUCGGAGUAGAGCCAAUUCUGCUCCAGCGAGACCUGUUGCCCCCGAGAUCGCUACUGGACGAGAACUGAGACGGAUUGGAGAUGAAUUUGUGGCAUUGUUCGAAGGCCAAAGAAGUCUCAAAAGAAAUGACCCACAUCGAAGAUCGUUCAUACGACGUCUUUUUGAAAGCUUGUCGUCCAAAUCGCCCAUUUCAGAAUCAUCCCCUGCCCGUACCUCAGUCAUCAGGGAUGGAAGUUCGGUUUAAACCAAAGUGCCAGACUUUUUUUCAUUUGUUGAAGAGACAGAAAAUGGAAAGAAAAGGAGAAAAUCAAGGAGGGGAGAUUAGAACAUGCUCAGCAUUUGUGCCAUUUUGAUCCUGAGGGAAAAGCCCCAACUUUGCCCCUUCUCCUUUUUUUGUUCGACACAAGAAAACCGUCAUUCCUGUGGGUCAGUGUGUGCGAGGCAAUGCCGUCUUGAAGUGUGAUUGUGAACUCGCUCAUUUGAUUUCGUCAAACUUUUUUUAUCGCGAAAACAACUGCCGAGUCACGCUGUGAAAAAUAUAUUUGCAAUUGAUGUAUCAGGACUUUUGACAAAGAACAGAGUUGGAGGUUCCUCUUGUUUUUGUUUAUGUUUUUUUCUUGACUCAAUCUCGCAAAUUUGUGUAGAAUUAACCCUAUCAUGGAGAUGGAUGAAACAUUUAAACUGUGAUGUGGAUAGAGAUUUAUCUCUUGGCUAGAAGAAGACUUUGCCUGGUCAGUGUGGUUGCUAUGGGAUACAGCCAUUAUUUAUGGAUUCCAAAAAGAGAACAAAAAGGAAGCAAUGAAUAAUUGCUACUACAUGUAUACAUUUAAGUACCUUUUUCAUCAAAACUUUGCACACUUGAAGUGGCAAGUAUAGAUGCAUGGACUGAAUUAGAAUGAUGUAUCAGUUUAUUUGAGGGAAAGAAAGAAUCAGAUAGGGCAUGACGUAUUACCAAGAGAGAAAAAUGAACCAAUGAAGUUUUUAAGUCUUCCAUUAUUUAUUGAACCUGAUGAAGAGAUGUAGGAAGAGUGUUAACCUGAAAGCAGAUUUUAUUACCAUUAUUGCCAAGUGUUAUCAGGUCGGGAUGACGGGACCUAAAAUUCAUGAUCAGAUGAUUGUUUGCUACAUUACAAGAAUAGAGUCACCUCACAUAGAAUUUCUUAGACACAAGUUCUUUGACUCCUUGAUAGCAAAGUUUUGAUUAAAUAUUUCCAACAGUUUUUAUUUAAUGUUAUUCAUCACACAACUCUUAGCUAUUUCCUGUGCAGAGAACAUGGAAAGUAUGAAAAUACUUGAAGUAGGAUAUCAUAGGUAGCUUAUCUAUUUCAAUUUUGAUUUAUUGAAAAAAAAAAUCAACUUCAGAAAUAAUUAUUGACAUCAAAUGAAGAUAUAGACUAUUAUAUUUGCUGAAUAACAGUCAAUAAAAUGUUUUAUUCUUAAAUUUUGAGAUGAAUUGUUUGCAUACUCUACUUCAUAAUGAAAUCCAUCCAUUUUGGUAGAUUGUACAGUUCUGAAAUUAAUGACCAUCUGGUUUCAGUGAAUUCUUUAAAAACUUUUUGUAAUCCAAAUCUCUUUGUUUGAUUUAAUACAAUUAAAUGCUGCUCUGCAUUUUGUUUUAUUUCAAUUAUGAUAUCAGUGACUUUUUUUUUACAAUAAUAAGGUUACUUUCAUUUUUUAACAGAUACUUGCCAUAAAGGAUACUUAAUUCCACUUUUGCAAUAAAUAAGCUUGAAUGUGUGAAAUACAUGUUAAUGUUAGAUACUGCACAGAUAAGUACAUCUUUCCAUUAUAUCUGGGUUGCUGUUGUGAGGCAAUGGUCCUCAGUUUACUAAUACUCACCAAUUUUUUGAAAUCCUUAGAGAGUUAGUCUCAACAUUUUGUGCAAAUGCCAUGAUAUCUUGCAAUUUUGAUUGAGGAGAAAGAAGAUGGUGCUAAAAGUGUGUGUUCUCAUGUUUUGAGGAGAAAAAAAUGUUUGUAAAGUUGCCAUUGUAACUAUACGAAAAGGAUUGUUUCCCUUAGACCAGCAUAGUUAAUUUUCUGUAUUGUUCUUUUUUUCUGCCAUCAAAUAUAAAUUACAUUCCAUUGAAAAUCAGUUAAACUGAUGGUGCUGCUUAAUUACACAUACUUAAUCAUAUAGACCUAGACAUUACUAUAAGCAUCUUCAAGGGGGAAUGUAGGAAUUAAAUAUAGGAAUUUUUUUUAAUAUCAUAAUACCCUUAUAAUAGCAUGCUGUUCCCCGAUUUAUGUAGCUAAUCUGGCAAUUCCAUUUUUUUAUUUCUAAAUGGUUACUGCACUGGAAAUCUAUCUGAUUUAUUGUUUGGAUUGAUUCAAUAACACUAAACCAUAAAUAUUUUUUAUGAGAUACAUUAGAAAGUUGAAGACUAGAAUAAUGAUCUAUGUAUAGAUUGGAGUACUUACUAUGGAUUCAGUUUUCAUAGACUAAAUUGCCCCCCCCCCCCUUCCUCUAAUUAACUUUUUUUUCUGUCUUAAGACUUAACCCCUUAGAUCAUUUAUGUCAUUGUGUACUUUUUGUGCCUCACAGAAAGCUUUCUGAGCAACCAAAAAUAUAUGUCCGGUGCAAGAUGAAUCGUACUGAAGUAAAGCGCAUGUUAAAGAAUGAUAAACCAAAGUGUUUUUGUUUCUUUUUUCCUUCAAUUAUUGUUGGAGAAACAAAGUAAAGCAGUUAAAGUCAAGAAGUGUUUUGUUUGAUGGAUUUCUCUUUCUUUUUUUUUCUACAAAGUUUUAAGAUAUAUUUGAGUUUUUUUUUUUCAAGUGUCCUUUGGGAUUCUUUUAUGUUCCAAAUAAUGCUGCCUUGGUUUUCUCUUUUUUUAAAGAAAAAUGGAAAAUCUGCAUAAAUUUUGGUUUACAAUCAUAUUUCUAGUUUUCUCAUUAAUACGUGGAGAUGAAUGUAUCUUAAUGAUGAUGAUGUCAUAUACUUUUAACUUGAUUUGUCUCAUACUCUUUAUGCUAAAAUGUAAUAAGUAUUCUUUUAGUAUCCAUACAAUAAACAAAGGAAACUCAAUGGUCGAUACAUAAUUGCAUUUGUUAUUUAAUAUAUCUAUGGAAAAGAAAAUAUUUAACAGAGAAAUUUUAAAAUCAUAUCUAAAACUCUAAGAAAGUUUCGUUAUUUUGAAAUAUAAUUAAACUAUUUAAACAAAUUGAGCAACAGAAAAAAUUAAUACAAAUUGAAAGAUGUAUUUGUAUAUGAAUUAUAUUAUGUCAGAACCUCAAAGGUUCGGAUGAAUGAAUGUUUUUUUUCUUUAGAUAAAAGUCUAUUUCAGUUGAAAUUCAAGGAAGUUAAAUGAAAGGAAAAAGCAUUAUUUUCAUGCCUAUACUGACCAGUGGAUAUGAGGGAAUGUUUUUACUAUGACGGUACAGGAUACAUCAAUCAAGUUAUCAUAUCUCAAUUUGUUAGUAGUGGCUCUCUUUUGCAGUGUGGUCAUUGGAAACAAGAUCUUGUAUAAGACUUUUAAAUUUACAAGAUAAAAAAUACGGAAUUCUGGCUGUGAAACUGGAGAAUAGUUCUAGCUUUAGUCCUUGGUACUAUCUAUUGUCUACCAUUCAAAAUAUUUCCAGAAUGCUAGUACUAGUGUAUUUAACACAAAAUCAUUCGAAAAAAAAUUAAGCAAGUACUAGUGAUUUAUCCUUGACUUUUCUUCUUAAAGAAAGAUCAUCACCUUUUUGCCAUAUUGUUGGUACCUGAAAUGUAAGCCAUGGUUGAUUGGUUUUGUGUGAAAUUAAUUAAAGAUAACAUUG